AUGGAUAACUCUAUUAAUUGUCUUCCAAAUGCAGAUGCCUUUUUUGGUCCUCGUGUCCAGCCAUGCCAAAGGCAAUUCGACUUCACAUUACUCUUUGAACAAAGCAUUUUCACUGUCGGCCCAUCUACACUGUUCAUGCUACUGCUCUCUCUGAGGAUACUUCAGCUCUAUCGGAAAGAUAGAAAGACACCACCGAACUUUCUUUGGGUUCUCAAACUUAUUGUAAUAUCGGCAUUGUUGUGUUUUCAAAUUGCUAUUUUAGCAUUAUGGAUAGUUUCCAACGGUGAAAAGACACCCGUAUCUGUGCCAGCAUCUGCGUUGUCAGUAAUCGCUACCAUUGGCCUUGCAGCGCUAUCGAACUUGGAGAAUAAUCGAUCGGCGCGCCCUUCCCUCUUGAUCUGCACUUACCUCCUCUUAUGUACACUUUUUGAUAUCGCUCAAGUAAGGACACUUUGGUUGCAACACAGGAGCACGGCAUUACCGGUGCUGUUCACAUGCAGCGUUCUGACCAAAGCAAUUCUACUAUGUGUUGAAGCGUCCGAAAAGAGGUCUUUUUUAAAAGAGCCUUACAACAGUUACCCUCCUGAAGCCUUGGCAGGAGUUAUAAAUACAGGUUUUUUUUGGUGGCUAAACACACUCAUUCAAAAGGGACAGAGAACGCUGCUCAGUCUUGUUGAUUUAUUUGACACCGAUAAAGGCUUGUCAUCAUCUUCUUUGGAGGCAAAGAUGCAAAAUACAUGGCGAAAUGAAUCGCCCAAUGGAAAAUAUUCCCUCCUCUUCGCUAUUCUUAAGAGUUUCAAAGUUCCUCUGCUCACACUUAUAUUUCCGCGUCUUUGUUUAAUCGGGUUCAAAUUCUCUCAGCCAUUGCUCAUAAAUCGAGCAAUCUCUUUGAUUGACGCUCCCGAGACGGCAGGAAACAAGAAUAUCGGAUAUGCAUUAAUUGGUGCAACGGCUCUUAUAUACCUUGGCUUGGCUGUUAGCACCGCCCAGUAUCAACACCAGAUAUUCCGAGUCAUCACCAUGGUUAGAGGAGGACUAGUUUGCGUCAUCUACAAUGUAACGCUGUCCCUUGAUGUGAAUUCUACCGGUGAUUCUGCAGCAGUCACGCUGAUGAGUACAGAUAUUGAACGCAUUGGAACUGGAUUUAGUAGUGUUGAUAGUCUAUGGGCUGGCCCGAUUGAAGCGGGAAUCGCGACAUAUUUAUUGCAGCGGGAAAUGGGCCUAGCAUGUAUCGCGCCUGUCAUUGUUUCACUCGCAUGCACGAUUGGAGCAUUUUCAAUCAUGAAGUGGGCAAAGCAUACUCAGAAGGAAUGGGUCGAAGCGGUACAAAAGCGUGUUGCAAUUACAUCUUCAGCACUCAAAUCAAUAAGGGGUAUCAAAAUUCAGGGACUAACAACACGGUUAUCUGAAGACUUACAAGAGCUUCGUGUUCAGGAACUCGAGUAUGCCAAGCCAUUUCGCAGAAACAUCAUUGCCACGGCAGUGACAUCGAACAUCACUACCCUGUGCGGGCCAGCUAUAACAUUCAUUGUCUAUAUUGUUAUUCAAAGGACCAAGGACUCGGCAACGUUGAAUAUUGGGCAGGCUUUUACUAGCCUGUCUUUGAUUUCAUUAUUAAGUACGCCAGUCUCAGAAAUGGUUCAAACUAUUCCUACAUUUGCUGCGGCAAUGGGGUGCAUAGAAAGAAUCCAGACUUACAUCGGGACCAAAGACCGUAACGAUCCUAGAUUUUCUAGUCCAGAUUCUGAACGCAUCUCGACAUCUGAGAAAUACCGAGAUACUGUUCAUGUUGCUUCCCAUGAGAUCGAGUCACAAACAAUUAAAUCGGUCAAGCCCAUCACUUUGAUCCAUGACAGAAACAAAAAUAUCAUCACAAUCAAGGACGCAUCAUUUAUCUUUUCAUCCAAAGGAAGCGGAAAGUCAUGUCUUCUGAAAGCAAUGCUUGGAGAGUUACCAAGUAGUAAAGGAUUCGUAUUUACGAAUACUUCAAAUAUUGCGUUUUGUUCUCAGACACCAUGGUUGCCCAAUAGCAAGCUGCGGGAACUCGUGCUGGCGGGAUCGAGCUAUGAUGAAGUUUGGUAUAAUGAUGUGCUCAGGGCUUGUGUGCUUCAUCAUGACAUUGCCAAAUUUCCGGAUGGCGAGGAAACAAUCAUCGGUAGUGAUGGGGCUACUCUGAGCGGUGGACAGAAGCAGAGAUUGGCCUUGGCACGCGCAUUAUAUUCGAGAAAGGACUUGCUUUUGAUAGACGACGUUUUCAGCGGACUGGACUACAAGACAAAUAAAGCUGUAUUCCGCAACACUUUUGGUAAAGAAGGACUUUGCAAGUUGCAUAACAUAACUGUGGUUCUUGCCACGCAUGCGGUUGAACAUCUGCAAUCUGCCGACAAUAUUAUUGUUCUCUCUAACAAUGGCACCAUUGUAGAACAGGGAAACUUUCGAACACUGCGAGAAAACGAUGAUAGCUAUGUCAAAGACUUGAUUUUCUAUGAAAGUCCAGAUGAGAAAUUAGCUGAGGUCACAGUCACAGAAACCGCGAACAAAACGCUGACUAGACCAAAAUCGGCUGAAAUCAACGACUUCAACCACCAAGAUGGUGAUGCCAGUGUGUACUUCUACUUCGCAAAAUCCGUAGGCUGGAUCCAUUUCUCUCUUUUCAUCGCAACAGUAGUGUUGUAUACGUUCUCCAGCGAAUUCCAAGCUGUUCUCCUGGAACUAUGGUCCAAAGCGGAGACUACUCAUUCAGGUGUCUAUACUAACAUGUAUAUGGGCUUGUACGCAAUGCUAUCCAUAUUAGCCUUGUGUGGAAUCGGGGGAUUGCUAUGCGUCACAUUGCUAUUUGCAGGUCCAUACGCUUCUAUAAAUCUUCACCGCACGCUCUUACAUACCGUCAUGACUGCGCCAUAUUCCUGGUUCACGGCAACUGAUAGCGGGAUAACGCUAAACAGAUUCAGUCAAGAUAUGAGUUUAAUCGACAUGGAGCUCUUAAUAGGAAUCGUGGACACAUUCGCAGGUACAUUCAUGGCAGUUGCUCAAGCAAUACUUAUCGCCACUGGAGCCAAAUACGUCGGAGUCAUUCUUCCAUUCAUAAUUGGAACUCUUUAUAUUCUCCAGAAAGUGUACUUGAAGACAUCAAGACAACUUCGGUUGCUAGAUCUAGAAUCCAAAUCACCGCUCUACUCACAUUUUACCGAAACGCUCAGUGGACUCACGACGAUCCGUGCUUUUGGAUGGCAAACACAAUCCGCUGAGAAGAAUCGAAAACUCCUGGAUAUCUCACAAAAACCCUAUUACUUACUUUACUGUAUACAAAGAUGGCUGAAUCUUGUUUUGGAUCUCAUCAUUGCUGGUAUUGCUGUUAUUCUCAUCACUUUUGCAACACAAAUGCGUAGGACUACUAGUGCCGGUACUCUCGGUAUCGCUUUAGUAAACAUUCUACAGUUCAACUCGACAUUGAGCUUUCUUAUUAGAAAAUGGACUCAGCUAGAAACUUCUAUUGGUGCUGUAGCUAGAGUGAAGAGUUUUGAAGCGAAUACUUUGUCGGAAAAUGGUCCUUUGGAAGUUAAUCUACCGCCACCUGAAUGGCCUGUUAAGGCUAAAGUCGAGUUCAGAGAUGUAACUGCUACUUAUGGCAACGAUGAACCUGCUGACUGGGUCUGGGAAAUCAUCUCUAAUACUGGCACUCUUCCGGAUACUCGAGCUAAAACAGGAGAUAUCCUCAUUGAUAACAUCUCCAUUUCUACUCUGCGCCGUGAAUUAGUACGCUGUUCCUUCAUCACCAUUCCCCAAGAACCUUACUUUCUAUCUGGCACUGUCGGCUUCAAUGCAGACCCGUUUCAUUCUCUAGACCAUCAAGCAAUCCAGACUGCGCUUGUUCGUGUUGGACUAUGGGACACAAUAUGCGAUAAUGGAGGUUUGGAAGCGUCCAUGGAGGCAACGCCUCUCAGUCAAGGUCAACAGCAACUUUUCUGCAUCGCAAGAGCAUUGAUCAGGAAAGUGGCGUUGGGAAAUAAGGAUCAUGGAAUUCUGGUGCUCGAUGAGGUGACGAGCAAUGUUGAUUCUGCUAGUGAAGAGAUCAUGUUGAGGAUUCUGGAUGAGGAAUUUAAGGGCUGGACAGUACUUGCUGUAGCUCAUAGAUUGAGAACCAUUAAGAGUUACAAUAGAGUUUUGGUUCUUGAUAAGGGGAGCGUGGUGGAGGAUGGAGCGCCGGAGGAUUUGAUCCGAAAAAAGGGAGGGCUAUUUAAGUAA